AUGCGUAAUGAAACAAUGGCCCCUGGACAAGUAUCAGGUCGCAGUACUUUUCGUAUAGUACCAAAUAGCACACAAGGUUUUCGUAUUAUUCUUCAAGAAGAUAUCAAUAAAACAGUAUCUAACGGUAAUGUUGAAUUAAUAAACAACACAAUGGUAGUUACAACUGAUGGUAUGAUGGACGAUAACUUUCGUCAACAGAACACAGUCUUCUUGAUGAUGUUUACUAUUAUUCCCUUUACAGAUAUUACUACAUGCGUCACCGAAGGGUUGAAUGAAAUACUUGAUACAGUUGUAUUAAAUUUGGAUACAUUUCCAGUUGCAAACCAAGCUGAAACUAGUGUGUCUGUUAUUCACGCGCAAGCUAUUGUUAAUGAAACAACAAUAGGUAAUCGCCAGAUAACAAUGCCGUUAAAUCGCUGGACGCCAACGAGAACAACAGCAAAGUUAUUUGAAGAUACAAUGGAUAUAGAUAUCGGAGUUACAGCUGUUCAACAUCCACAAUUACUGCUGGGUAUUGUUUCACAAAAAGUAAAACGUGCAAGUCCUGAAAUAAUGAGAUUAGCUGGAAAGAUUUUAAUGUUUAAAACACCUAUAAUAUCAAAAUCAUUCUUGAGUAGAAGAACAAAUGGUAAAAAUGUGGAUAAUGCUCUUAAAGCUAUUAAUGUGUUAAAGGAAUAUAGAUUAAUAAUAGAAAAAGAUGAAUAUUUAGCAAAUCAAACAAAAUUUUGUAAAUCAUAUUUAAAAUGUUUAGCAUCAGAAGAACAAAGUGAGAUUGAAUUUGGGCUUACUUUAUCUGAAUUUGGUAUCAAAAAUAUUAACGACUAUUAUGACACGUUUAAACGUAUUGAUACAUGUACUAAGACAUAUAUAACUCGUGAUUGUUUAGCUGUAUUAAGAAGUCCAUUAUAUGCGAAAUACGUUAAAGAAAUAGAUGAAACAAUGUUAAAAUCACCGAAGCCGAGAAAAAUAUCAACAGCGAACCGUUUAUCGUCAAAUAAUAAAGAGAAUAAUGAUCCUGCUUUCAUUAAAAAUCCGUAUUCGUUAGAUCAUUCAGAUGAAUAUGAAUUAAAUGAAGAUAGUAAUCAAAAUAGUUUGGUUACAGAAAAGCAACCGUCACAAGAAAACGUCGCAACAAAAGAACCAAGUACCAAACAGCAUUUUUUAUUCAAAUUUGCACAAUCAUCUACAUUAAAGUCUGUUGUUCAGUUUGAUGACAAAGAUGAAGUUCGUUUACUAUCAAAUUGUUUUAUAUGUUAUUUCAAUGAACAUCAUUAUGACCCAGUAACGAAAGAUUGUCUUGAUGCAUUAAAAUGUUAUCAUGCUAGUAGAAUUGUUGAGUCAUCAUUAACUCAAACGGAGUCUCAAAUUGACGACAUAUUUGCCAAAUGUUUAUAUCCUUUUAUAUACGCAUUGAAUAUUUAUAAUCAACGUUUUGAAGUUAUUGAACAUGAAUUAAUACGUUUAAAAGGAGAAAUCACUGGUAAUUAUUAUUUAGAAAAUAUUUUUGAACAAUUCUGUAAUUUAUCAACGAAUACUAAUGAAAAACGUCAACAAACAUCGUUGUUCUAUAUUGAACAUAUUCAUGCACAAUUUCAACGGCAUGGUUAUUUUGAAAUUCGUCCAUGUGCACCAGAUGAAAUUGUUAAAAAUGGCUAUGAUAAAUAUUCGUAUGGUGUUUAUGCGAAAAGAAAUAUUGAACCUGGAACAUUGUUAUUAGUUGAACAAGCUUUUUCCUUGGUUGAUGUUUAUUCAUUAAAAUACUAUUUAGAUAAUGAAAUACCAUUGAGUUUAAAUCUAACUGAAGCUAGUAAACAACAAACACCGUCAUCGUUAUUUUCUGGAAUAUCGAUAAACAUGUCCAUAUCUAUAUUGAUCAGACGAUUCAUUUAAUUAAUGAAAUUGAAAAACAUUUAUUAAUAUCACAAACAAAUUCAACAUUUAAUAAAAUAAAAUAAAUUCAACCAAUUCGAAAAUAUUAAGAAAAAUAUUUGAAAGAAGAUACCCAAGAAAAUGAAAGGAACAAUAAUUCAAAUAUGUAAGUAGAGAGACUACAAACGAUUGAUGUUGACUUAAUCAAUGUUUAACAUUGAAAAUGAGAUUAAGUACUCUUUUUGACAGAGUAUUAGAAGUUUAGACUGACAUGUUUUUGAUCAUCAUCUAAUUUUUACACUUUCUUUUUUAUAUUUUACUUAUUUAUAAUUGCUAUCGAACGUCUUGUCUAUAAUAUUGAUCUCUAUUUUCAUCACAAAGACCCGUUCAUCAAAAAUGAGAUGUUGUUUGACAUUGAUAGAUGUAGUCGAUUCUUUAUUCAUUUUUAGUUUACAAGAAAACGAUAGUCUUGUUCAUAGUUAAUAUUACUUAACAAUACUUGUUCAUCACAUGACUCAAGAAAAAUAAAAGCAUGGUACAGAUGCCCACCUAUGUCACGGUGGAAAUCAAAAAACAUCUCAUAGUAAGUUUUCGGCUAUAUUUUUUUUUACUAUGAGAUGUUUUUUGAUUUCCACCGUGACAUAGGUGGGCAUCUGUACCGUGCUUUUAUUUUUCCCGAGUCAUGUGAUGAAAUGAGUUAUUUGUUAAAGUAGAAGAAAUGCUUGUUUGUUUUUCUUAGUUGUGGCU